AUGUCCAUCGACCUCACUGGGAAAACUUGCCUCGUCACCGGUGGCGCCGGUGGCCUAGGCAAAGCUAUUGCUACCCGGUUCUACUCCGCCGGAGCCAACGUGGUCGUCUGCGACAUCAACGAGGAGCGACUCCGUCAGACGUCGCUGGAUCUUGCCGGACCCAGCGGCGAUGCAAGACUCAAGGUCAUCAAGACAGACAUCGCCUCUGCGACAGAGGUGCAAGCCCUUUUCGACGAGAUUGUCGCGAAUUUCCAAAAGCUUGAUAUUCUCAUCAACAAUGCCGGAAUCAUGGAUCAAUUCGAUGCUGUCGGUGAUCUGGAUGAGAAGCUGUGGGACAAGGUCAUGGCUGUGAAUUUGACUGCGCCUUUCCUGUUGAGCAAGCUGGCCGUUCGGAAUAUGCUUGCUCAGGAUGUAGUCAAUGGAAGUAUCGUCAACAUCGUCUCCAUUGCUGGGAAGGCAGGAUUUAUGGCGGGUGCCGCGUAUACCGCUAGCAAGCACGGCCUUGUUGGCUUGACCAAGAACACGGCUUCGUACUACGGCAAUAAGGGAAUCCGAUGCAAUGCGUUGAUGAUGGGUGGCAUGGAGACGAACAUCACAGACGCGUUCAUGUCCAAUAUCAACCUGGAAGGGAAGGACAAGGCUGUUGCUCUCAUGACUGCUGCUGCGGCACCGAUGUGCGACAUCAAUCGCGUUGCUGAGCUGUGUCUGUCUAUCUCCUGUGGUCCUGGUGCAGAGAUCAUCAACGGGACAUGUAUCCCGAUCGAUCACGGAAUGUCGGGAGUGUUGGGUUGA